AUGGCUGGUGUGUCGGUGUAUGUAGCAUUCCAACAGCAAAUAAAGACUUUGUGCCUGAAUGAUUUUCCUUGUGGUACUGGGAGCUGGAACAGGUCCAGGUUUGUAGCGCACGUGGUCAAAAAGAGCAAGUUGCUCAAAUAUCAAGGAGAGAAGGAAGAGGAACAGGAAAUAGGUGCAGAGGAGGAAGAGCUGAGGGCAUUGUUGGAGUUUCUGUCUUACGAGCACUCACCUUGGACCAGCAGGAACUUGAGCCCAGAGAACCGGUACCUGAGAAAACUAUCCGUCUACUCCCCAACACCGGUGGAUGAAAACCUGCUUUGUUUCAAUUUAAAAGCCUUGAGGCUUGUCGAUAAACAGAUCUCUAAGGUUGACAAGGACUUGUUGAGGUUUCAGAAUAUAGAGGGACUUACAUUAAGUGCCAACAGGAUCACUACAAUAGAUUCAGCCAACCUUCCAAGAAAGCUGAAGAUUCUUGAGCUCUGCACCAACAGGAUUUCGUCUCUAAAGGACCUUUGCAACGACCCACCCCCAGAAUUACAACACUUGGGGUUGUCCUACAACAAGCUGUUUUUUCACUCAGAGUACAAAUACAUCUCAGACAACUACUGGCCCAAUCUAAUAUCGCUUGAUUUGAGUUUUAAUGACUUUGUGGAUUUGAUGGAUAUUGUGGCUCAUAUUGCUUUGCUGCCAAAACUGAAGAACCUUAUUCUCCAGGGCAAUCCAUUUGCCUUUCUUCCUAAUUAUCGGGGCUUCGUCAUAGACAGUCUACCGAACCUCACUGCCCUGGAUGAUGUGUUGAUAUCCUCAGAUGAAAGACAUACUUUUAAGCUUAUGUCUAAAUAUGAAGAAUUUAACAAUAAUGUCGCUCGGGUGACAAUAAAAAUAGGGAAUGUAACAGGAAUUCCUAACCCCGUUGAUCCUCUGGAGGAGUUACCGGAAUUCCCAAUAAUCAAGAGGAAUUACUUUGUAACCUAUGAGUUUCUUGAGGAUCAACAAGAUUUCACGAAAUUAAAUAUAAAGGACACGAGAAAAGGCAAGCGUACCAGCCAAAUUACAAUCUCAUCCAGUGAAAUUUCAAGUACCACUGACUCGUAUAAAGCACAGAUUGGCCUUUCUCCAGAGCCUGUCGUCAGCACCAAAUCUCUACCAGCUCUUGAAUUUUCCACCGUAACUUUACCGGUUCCUGGCGGUGGCGUCAGACAUCUACCAAAAUAUCAACGUGACAUCAAAUCUCUACCAACACAAUGGCAGCAAGUACAGAGUGUCAUUAUUCACCAGGUAUCUAAAAAACCGUGGGCAGAUCCGAUUAUGUGUCACUACACCCUGCAUUACUCUGUGACGGAUUUGUCUGCAUUGAAGAAAUUGCUCCUAAAAGGUCUCAUAAUAAAUGUAAUUGAGGAAAAGAUCCUUUCGUGGCCAGUCGAGCUGCCGGAUUUUCUUGAUGCUUCCGAGAAAGAGAAAGGGAAAGGGAAAGAUCGAGAUUCUGCAAAGGGAGGCAAAAACAGCGGCAAGGAGCCGAAGAGACAAGGCAGUGCCAAGGAUCAGAAAGCAAAAGGUAGUGCCAAGGACAAGAAGGGCAGAGACAGCACCAAGGACAAGAAGGGCAAAGACAGCGCCAAGGAUCUAAAGAAAAUACCGACUGUAUUUCAAAGUGAUGCACCCACUGAGAGAGUCCUGGGAACGUACUGUGUGGAUCUGAACUCCAUGUUCACAGGGGGUCCUGCGUUCAAGAUGUUUUGUGAUUUAGGAAUUCCUGAAAAAGAAUCAAAACCAAAACCACCAACUCCAGAUAUUAAGGAGACGAAGAAAAGAAAGAACGCAAAGAAAAAAGAUGAAAAGAGUUCAAAAGCAGGAAAAGGCAGUGCAACAAAGCCAAAACAUAAACUAGACAAACUGGACCUCAAGAAAGGAAAAAAAAAAUCUGAUUCUGUGAUUUUGGAAGAAGUCCCGCCAAAGCAUCUCUUUGUCGAGUUUAAGAUACAGUUCCAACGGUGGUUCUCCACAGCAGAAGCAUGGAAAGGAAUAAACAUAAAAGAUUCCACAGUUGUUUUCCUCAAAUUGUAACUGCA